AGAGGUGAGGGAGAAUUCAGGGUGGUGAUUGUUAAAAUGCAGAGUGAGGAAGGCAGCGAGGGCGAAACUGAAGAGGAGCAGCAUCAACCGAUGGGUCACAUGGAGGAGACUCCAGUGCCAGAAAGUGAGAUGCUGGAGUAUUUGUUGAGUACUGAUGCAAAGAGGCAGGAGACAGAAGUAGCACCUGCAGUGUUAUCACAGAUUAAAGAGGAGGAGGAGGAGGAGGAGGAGGAGGAGUUACUGGCCACACCGGUUCGGCAGGUGAUGGUAUGCAGGGUUGCUCCACCCUCCAGUGAGCCGCCGCAUGUGCAGGGGGUGUGUUCUGAGCGAAACUGGACCGGGGACCUGGAAACAGAAGACCACCUCACCGUAGAGAAUCAGCUCCCGAGCCAGGAGACAGGGUAUCAGGUGUCAGAAGACGACAGGAGUCCUCUGUGUGAACCUGCUGCUCCCUGCCACACCGAGGAGGAAGAUGUGAUCACUCCCACGGGCAGAGAGGAACAAGUUUCACCAGGUGAGGACGAGCGAGGAGAAGCGGGCACAGACAUCCACAGCAGUGCCGACUCAGAUCCCUCAGCCGGGGAACAGGUUGUCAUUCAGACGCACGGCCCCGAGCUGCAAUCACACGCCACAGAGAUUUGGCACAACAGCGAUCGGCAGCGUAGCGAGUGGGAGGAUACGAUUACAGGGCACGAGGACAAAAAGAGGACGGUGCCAGGACAGGAGGGAGUCGAGCUGUCAACCCCGAGUGCAGACACACACAGACCUGAUCCGGAACCUGCAGGGGAGUCCUCUGGGGGCCACGAGCAUCCGGCAGAAGCUGAGCCGGACCUGACUCCCGGGUCCCCGACGCCUUCGAGGACAGACGCAGCAGCUCCAGAGAGCCGGCAGACCGACGUCGACCAGGACACGCUGGACAACAUGAAUUCAGGCUACAGCACCCUGAGCCCCAAACUGACCAUAAGGAGCUUGUCUUCCCUGGAAGAGGACGAGUCUAAUCACCGUUUCCAUCAAAUGUCUCUGAUCACUGAGGCUGACGGCCGAGGACAGGACACGGUGGACUCCACUGAGUCCAAUGGAACAGACCUGGGCUCAGACUACACCUGGAGGAACAGAUUUGAGGGCGUUUCUCAGUACAAACCAUACAAGGUACAGGAUUCCUCUUUUUCUGACUCUCAGACUUACACAUUGUCUGACACUUACUCCAGCCCCCCCUCCUCCUCCUCCAUCUCCUCCACCUACUCCACUCUCCCCGGGGCUACAGUGUACAAACCUCUGAGCGACACACUCUCCUCCUCCGCCUCCUCCUCCUCCCCCGCUCCGGAGGAACACUUGAGCCUGAGCUACAGGCUCAGAGACGACAGCGAAGUCGACCUGAGGCGGGAGAGCGAGUCGGCGGGAGAAGCCAGAUAUGAUUGGAGGAGGAGGAGCCUGGUGGAGCAGGAGGAGCCAGCUGCACCUGCGGGUGAAGCAGAGAGACGGAGGGAGGGAGAGGCAGAGAGGAUAAAGUCACCCUGGGACUCACAGCAGCUCCCUGUGUUCGGCUUCUCCUCGGCCCUGCACACCAGCCACACCGACGGGUUCACACAGGACGACAACGAGCCCUCUGAGUUCACUGGGUUGUUUAAAGCCACACUGGUGGAGCUGGACUGCGAGCCUGCAGCUCCCCCGUCCACUCCCCCGGCCUCCCCCGAGGCAGACUCCUCCAACCAGCUGGACAUGGACAACCUGGUGGACACCCUGAAGAGCAUGGGACCCUCCUUCAGGCCCAGGUCUAAUGGCGUGCGGGCACCUGCCCCGACCCUGAUGUCCUCGCUGCCUCCCAUUGUGGAGGAUGCUCCCAGCCCCCUCGCCCUUCACCUCCCUGCCUCCCUCACCAGACCCCUCGACCUUCACCUCCCUGCCUCCCUCACCAGACCCCUCGACCUUCACCUCCCUGCCUCCAUCACCAGCCCCGUGAAAACGAUGGAAACCAACGGCUCCGACAAGCUGGAUGGGAUUUUCUCUCUGCCUCCUGAGCUGGGACUGAAGAGGAACUUCCCCAGAGACAACCGAUCGCCACUGGAGCUGCUGAAGACCCAGCAGGACCAGCAGCCAGGAACACGUAAUGCUUUGAGAAGAUCCUCUGACUCUUUCCUUGAGGACUUAAAAUCCCCGCUGCUGAAUGGAAACGGAAUAUCUCCUCCGCCCAGCACAGGCUCUCGCCUCGACAACAGCCUCAUCUACGGAGGCUACAGGUCAUCGUCCAUAGAUCAGACGAUGGAGAACGGAAAAUCCCAUCGUUCACUCUUCCGCACCGGCUCUCUACCGGACACGGGGCCUAGCGAUCGCCUGAGUGUGGGACAGAAGGACCUCGGCGAACCAGCAUCGUCCCGCUUCGAGCGCUUCUCCUUCCUGGCAAACUCCUCCUCCUCGUCAGGCUCCUUGACCGGAUCCGAAGACCUCAACGGCCGAAUGAGUCGGCCUUCGCAGCCAAGCUUCGGUUCCCCACCUCCCAGUAACAGUCCCACCCGCCUCCUCAGCCCCACGGGCUCCAUAGACCUACACAGGUCAUUCACAGCCACAGACUCCCCUCUCUCCAUGUUUGGCCAGAACCAGGGGAUGGGGAUAGGUGCCGGUACUGGGACAACGCCGCCGCCCCCCCUGCAGAGGAGCUUCAGCAGCGAUGGCCCGGGUGGGGUCCAGCAGACGUCACUGUUCAACAGCGUGUAUGGGGGGUCUCGGUUCCAGAGCAAGGAACCUGAGCCCGACAGGAAUCAGGCGUCAAAAUACAGAGCCUUCCCUGAUGCUUAUCUCACAAAAGCGAAGGAGCAUGGGAAGCUCAAUCCUCGUCCUGGAAAGAUGUAUAUCUUUGACCGACCGGGGAUGUGCGGCCAGAGGAUCGAGGUGCGCAGUGAUGUCACGGACGCUACGUCCUGGGAGCUGCAGGACACCAUCUCCAUCCGGGUCAUCAGAGGAGGAUGGGUGAUGUACGAGAAACCCAACUUCAAAGGGGAAAAAUAUGCUCUGGACGAGGGCGACAUCGAGCUCUCCUGCCCCUUCAGCCUCCCGGAGGAGGAGCAGCUGCAGAAUGGACAGAAGGAGAACGGACAGAAGGAGGAGGCGGAGGGCAAAGAGCAGAACGGAGAGACGGGUGAUGAGCAGACGGAGACGGCGCCGACCAGGAAGUUCAUCAUCGGAUCUCUGCGACGAGCUGUCAGGGAUUACAGUGUCCCAGAAAUCGGUCUCUUCCCAGAGGAAAAUGCUGAGGGGAAGAAGGUCACCUUCAGAGACACCUCUGACGAUGCCAGGAUCUUUGGCUUCCCCAUUAAGGCCACCUCCAUCAUCAUUAAUGCUGGACUAUGGCUUGUGUACGCGGAGCCCUUCUUCCAGGGCGUACCACGUAUCCUGGAGGUGGGGGGUUACUCCAACCCUGCAGCCUGGGGUGUGGAUCAUCCGUAUGUGGGAUCCGUGCACCCGCUCAAAAUAGGAGAACCACGAGUGGAAAAUCUGUGUGAACCAAGGCUGGAGAUCUUCGACAAGCCGUACUUCUGCGGGAAGUCGAGGACGAUAACCACCAACGCCAGAGACUUCAUGACCAGAACAGACCGGCAGCAGACGGCCUUCAUGUACAAUGUGGGCUCCCUCAAAGUGCAGGGAGGAAUCUGGGUGGGCUUUGAGAAGGAGGGCUACCGAGGCCACCAGUACCUGCUGGAGGAGGGGGAGUACCAGGACUGGAGGGUGUGGGGGGGCUGCGAUGCCGAGCUCCGCUCCGUUAGGGUGAUACAAGCUGACCUGUCCGACCCCCUGAUGGUGAUGUUCGAGCAGCCGGAGGAGGAGCAGGAGGACGAGGAGAACACCUUCGAGGUGAACGAGGCCAUUCCCGACGUGGAGCUGUUCAACUUCAAAACGUCCACGCGCUCCAUCCACGUGGUCAGCGGGGCAUGGGUGGCCUACUCCCACGUGGACUUCUCUGGGAACCAGUACAUCUUGGAGAAAGGUUUCUACAACAACAGCGCUGACUGGGGCUCUCAGGACUCUCGCAUCUGCUCGGUGCAGCCCAUCCUCCUGGCUCCUCGUGACGGCUCGAAGACCCGGAACCAGAUCGUUCUUUUCUCCGAGCCAGAUUUCCAGGGCAAGUGUCACAUCUUCGACCGCAACCAGGAGGCGCUGUCAGAGAAGUUCCUGACCAAGUCGUGCCGAUUGGUCGGCGGGAGCUGGGUGCUCUACGAGAACGAGAAGCACUCUGGGAACUUGUACGUCUUACAUGAAGGAAAUUACCCCAAUUUAAUCAGCAUGGGCUGCCCCCCCGGCUGCAACGUCCGCUCCGUCAAGGUCGUGCCGACGACGUUCUCCAUUCCCUCCCUCUCCCUGUUCGGCCUUGAGUGUCUGGAGGGCAGAGAGAUCACCACGGAGUCGGAGAUCAUCAGCAUGGCCGGCGAGGGCUUCAACAACCACAUCCUGUCGGUCAGGGUGAACAGCGGCUGUUGGGUGAUAUGUGAACACAGCAACUACAGGGGGCGCCAGUUCCUCCUGGAGCCCAUAGAAAUCACCAACUGGCCAAAGUUUAGCUCGCUGUCGACGAUUGGCUCCGUGUAUCCGGUCGUACAGAAACGCCAGUUCUUCCGCAUCAAGAACGCAGAGAGCGGUCUCCCCAUGUCCGUCCAGGGCGGCGUGGAGGAGAUGAAGUCGGGACGGGUGCUGGUGACGGCAGAGGUGGAGCCGAUGACUGACAUCUGGUUCUAUCAGGACGGAUUCAUCAAGAAUAAGCUGUCCACGACCAUGAGUCUCCAGGUGAUGGGAAACAUUGAGCCGGCAGCCAAGGUGGUUCUGUGGUCAGAGACUCGGCAGCCAAUCCAGAACUGGACGGCCAAGAUGAGAGGCCUCAUCACCAGCCUCACCUUCCCUGGCAUGGUCCUGGAUGUCAAAGGUGGAAAAACGUACGACAAGGACCAUGUGGUGAUCAUGCCAGAGAACGACGAGAGGCCGAGUCAGCAGUGGGAGAUAGAGCUGCUAUAAUAAACCUGAUAUUCCUCUUUACUCAGUUCAGCAGUGCUACACCGACGGUGCCUUUCUUUCUAUCUGCGAAAAUAUUCCCUUAACAUUCUGCGCUGUGGGAACCGACCGCUGUCACUGCCAGUUUAUUUAAGUGCCUUUUACUUCUGUAUGACCUCCCAUGAUCCGUGUCACAAGUGUAAACACAAACAAUACGAGGCCGGAGUUUCAAUGGUUCCUGUUUCUCUGAAGUCAGAUAAAGCAAAAAAGACGUGUCGGUGCCUCGAGCUGCUGCAGCGACUGGUGUCAUCAGGAGUUAAAAAAAUAAAGAUUUAAUGUAUUUCUCCAGAUGUACUGAGCUGCACGGACCCACCCUCCCUCUUGUGUCCAGAGAUCAGGAGCACAGGUUCACCUCCUCCACCACUUUGACCUUGAACUCAUCAUUUACCUACAAUUUGUAUAUUCAAACCCACAGAAUCUCCCUGUUCCUAUCUGCCCAGGCUCGUGCUUAUAUUCCUCAUAGCUGUGUUUACGGUGUAGAAAAAGCAGGUUUUUAAUAACAAUAACUUCUGGAGGUUAUUUUCCUACUGAGACGUUCUACAGAUGGAGAAUGAAUAAAGACAAAUGGAUGUGAAACAUGCAAAUAAUUCAUGUUCCUCUUUUAAAAGAUAUUUUUAUAUACUGUACAUGUAUUGUUCUGUGGGAAGUGUUGCAGUUAUGUAUACAUAGAGAAUAUCACAUUAUCGACUAAAUGGGUUGUACGUGUUCAGUGUCUGUCCAGUUUCUCUGUUUCCUUGUUUUUAUUGUUCUUUAUUUGUCGAGUUGUUAUCAGCUGUAUGUUAAUAUUUGAUACUAAAGAUAUAUAUAAAAUGUGAUGUUAAAGGGAGUGGUUUUAAAAUACUGAAA